GGCUUCCCCUACUGAAGCAGAGAUCCAAGAAGCCAAGGCUCCCAGCCCUUCUAUAAACAGGCAGGCUAGCAUCGAGACAGAUCGAGUAUCCAAGGAAUUCAUAGAAUUUCUCAAGACAUAUCAUAAGCCCGGACAAGAUAUCUAUAAGCAAUGUAAACUAUUUUUGGACACAAUGAAUCAUAAAAGGGACUUGAGUAUUGAGGAGCAAUCUGAAUGUGCCCAGGACUUCUAUCAAAAUGUAGCAGAGAAAUUACAGACGCGUUGGAAAGUGCCCCCUGAAAAAGUUGAAAAAGCAAUGGAUCAGAUUGAAAAAUACAUUAUGACUCGACAGUACAAAUAUGUCUUUUGCCCUGAAACAACUGAUGAUGAGAAGAAAGAUCUUGCUGUCCAAAAGAGAAUUAGGGCUUUGCACUGGGUAACUCCCCAAAUGCUGUGUGUUCCUGUCAAUGAAGAAAUUCCAGAAGUCUCUGAUAUGGUUGUAAAAGCAAUUACAGAUAUUAUUGAAAUGGAUUCAAAGCGUGUCCCUCGUGAUAAACUAGCAUGCAUCACCAAGUGCAGCAAGCAUAUAUUUAAUGCUAUUAAAAUCACAAAAAAUGAACCAGCUUCUGCUGAUGACUUUCUUCCAACGCUCAUAUACAUUGUUUUGAAGGGAAACCCACCCCGUCUGCAGUCUAACAUCCAGUAUAUAACACGCUUCUGUAAUCCAAGCAGGUUAAUGACAGGAGAAGACGGCUACUACUUUACCAAUCUGUGCUGUGCUGUGGCCUUCAUUGAAAAACUGGAUGCUCAGUCUCUAAAUCUAAGCCAAGAAGAUUUUGAUCGUUUUAUGACUGGUCAGACAUCCCCGAAGAAGCAAGAAUCUGACAGUUUUUCACCUGAUGUGUGCCUGGGUGUUAAGCAAAUGUAUAAAAACUUAGACCUCCUGUCUCAGUUGAACGAGAGACAGGAAAGAAUUGUCAGUGAAGCCAAGAAGCUUGAGAAAGACCUAAUAGAUUGGACUGACGGAAUUACAAAGGAAGUCCAAGAUAUUGUUGAGAAAUAUCCAUUAGAAAUAAAACCAAAAAAUCAAGCCUUAGCAGCUAUUGACUCUGAAAAUGUGGAGAAUGACAAGCUGCCCCCGCCACUGCAGCCUCAGGUUUAUGCAGGAUAAUUAUCAGUGUUAACGCUGCAAAGCAUCAUUAACCUCACCUAGUGCUAUCUGCUACUUGGGAAGGGAAGUAAAUUUAAGGCUAAAACUCAAACGAGCUUAAAUCAGUACAUUUUUAAAGGUACCUUUUUUUUGGUGAAGUGUAAUGAAUUGUAUUUAUUUCAGUCAAGUAGAUUUCUAUUAGGCUUUUGUGGGUUUUUGAAAUGAAUUUAAAUUUUCUACACAAACUGGUGUAAUUUUUAAGCAACACUAGUCCAUUGACAUUUUUCCUGA